GCCACAGGUCUACCCACCACUCGUCAGUCCGUCCCGGCUUCAAUGAUACCGCCUCCUAGCUUCUCCUCUCUUCAUCUUCAAUAUACACAGUAUACUAUACACAGUAUACUUCUUCUCUCCCCACCGCGUCCGUCGAGCCUCCGAUUGUUUGCCAUCGCAAGGACAACUCAUAAUUCUAGAGCCUGGCACAAUUCCCUACUACAUAGGACGCAAAACCUGCAACUGAACGAGCUGCUUGUUGCACCACACAAAGGCAUCCAUCUGCACAUCAAAAGCAGAUGAGUGAUAAUGAAAAAAUGCAUCUCAUGCUGUCUUUGCUCUGUGAAAAGUAUAGCCAUUCAAGGGUGCUGCGAAUUUCCAUGAAAAACUUGUGAGAGAUCAAGAUAUCCCCUUUUAUCACUAUUCGAAAGUCGGGUCGGCUAAUAUUGAAGUGUUGAGGGAAGUGAUACUAAUAUGUGGCAGCAUAGUGGGAAAGCCCAGUUCUUGAGAAAAUUCUCCCAAUUACAGUGGGGCUUUCAGUCAUGUUCUUUCUCAGACUUUGCUCCAAAGAAGGCAAAGCUUGCCCCACUACAGGAGCGGAGAAUGAUAGACCGCUUCCGAGUAUGGGCAAAAGGAGGUGAUGGUGGGAAUGGGUGUAACAGCUUUCGUCGUAGCAGGCAAGAUCGCUUUGGAAGACCAGAUGGCGGAAAUGGUGGACGAGGAGGUGAUGUAAUACUAGAAUGUUCUCCGGCAGUUUGGGAUUUCAGCAGUCUGCAGCAUCACAUCAAUGCUAAGAGAGGGGGACAUGGAGCUUCAAAAAACAUGAUAGGAAGCAGAGGCACUGACAAGGUUGUCCAAGUACCAGUUGGCACUGUAAUUCAUGUUGUGGAGGGAGAACUUCCAUCUGCAGUUCACAAAACCUCUUCAACAACCUUAGCUCCUUGGGACAUUCCUGGCACACUUAGUGCCCCUGUUUCAUCGCAAUCUUUACCCCCUUUCCACAUGUCCCCCACCCCAGAUCAUCCUUUAAGCACAGGGCGGGAGGACGAAAGAAGUGGCGCGGAGUACAACGUAGUGGAGUUAACGGUGCCGGGGCAACAAAUUAUUGUUGCCGAGGGAGGGGAGGGCGGUUUAGGUAAUUUGUCAAAGGCAAAGACCUCAAAGACGGUUGCCGAGGAAGGAGAAGUAGAAGCAGAAACAGCGAGUAGCAGCAGCACGGGGUCCACGGGGUCCGAGGUUGUUCUCGUGCUAGAGCUGAAGAGCAUCGCCGACAUCGGCCUCGUCGGGAUGCCGAACGCCGGCAAGAGCACCCUCCUCGGGGCGCUAUCGAAGGCGAAGCCGGCGGUGGGCCACUACGCCUUCACGACGCUCCGCCCCAACCUGGGGAACGUGAACUACGACGAUUUCUCGGUCACGGUGGCCGACAUCCCCGGCCUCGUCAGCGGGGCCCACGAGAACCGGGGACUCGGGCACGCGUUCCUGCGGCACGUGGAGCGGACGAAAGUCCUCGCCUACGUGGUGGACCUGGCGGCGGGGGCAGGCGGCAGCAAGGGGGUGCCGCCGUGGGAGCAGCUGAGGGACUUGGUCCUGGAACUCGAACACUACCGCCGGGGGCUGUCGGAUCGGCCGUCCCUAGUGGUGGCGAACAAGAUCGACGAGGACGGUGCGGAGGAGGUUUUGGAGGAGCUGAAACGAAGGGUGUGUGGGGUCCCUAUUUUCCCGGUGUGUGCUGUUUUGGAGGAAGGAACCUCGGAGCUGAAAGAUGGUCUUAGGUUGCUCGUGAAUGGUAUAGAGUCGUAUCGGUUGAAGUUGGAACAUAUUGUUCUUGAUUAGAAGGGUAGAAAAUGUUAAAAUAAUCAUCUUUUUUUUUUUGUUUUUAGAAUAAUUCUUGUACUCAUAUGUGUAGUAUUUGUUCAUUUUUUUUUAAAAUCUCAAUCCAUUAAGAGCUGGAUGUGGAAAUAAUACUCUAGUUAGUACUCACUCGGUCUUAAUAUUUUUUGGCCAU